UUUUUGUCUUCACGUUUCUUGUCAUUGGUAGUACUAACAAUUUGUUGACAGGUAGUUAACGUUUCUCGUUGCGAAUGGUUUCAGCAAUAUAAACCAGGAUGAGCGCCGUUAAUCUGCGCCAACAGAAAUUGGAGCAACAGCGUCAAUUGAUGGAACAGAAGAUGCGCCAGAAAAGGCAAACACUUGGUAUGGUUCAAGCCUCAGACGCCCGUGCUUCUUCAGCUAAAGGCCCAAAUGGGUUACAGCCGAGGCUUUCGCUCCCAUCACGAGGAAGAGAACUGCAUGGAUAUGACGGGCCCCUGCAGUUCACAAUGGAGCCAGGGAAUCCAGAUCUCGUGAUAUCAUUACCGGCGAAUGGUUCAGAAGCUUCACACCGCGAGGAAAACGAUGUUUGUCAAGUAGAGACUUUGCAAUUAGGGGAUCAAGACCAAGAUGUUGAAGAUGAAGAAUCUACACCAGUAUCUCCACCAACCCCAGUCAACACCUUGGCCCUUGCUGUGGCACCAUCGGCUGAUUCAAACUUCAUCACACUCAGCUCAAAUGAGCGGGAAAUAGAAGGUGAUGUUGAAGGAAGCCUGGAGACUUUUGUUUUGGAACCAGGAACUCAAGGUGUUCACUAUAAGUGUAGAAUAACAAGGGACAGAAAGGGAAUGGAUCGUGGCUUAUAUCCAACAUACUUUUUACACCUCGAGCGUGAUUAUGGUAAAAAGGUGUUUUUGCUAGCUGGCAGAAAGCGUAAGAAGAGCACAACAAGUAACUACCUCAUAUCUACAGAUCCAACUGAUUUAUCAAGAACUGGAGAGUCCUAUGUUGGGAAGUUAAGAUCCAACCUGCUAGGAACUCAUUUCACAGUUUAUGACAAUGGCUAUUCUCCCAAAAAAGCUGAGUCAAAAGAAGAUUGGAAACGUUCACCUCGACAGGAAUUGGCUGCUGUAGUCUAUGAUACAAAUGUUCUUGGCUUCAAAGGUCCAAGGAAAAUGACAGUUAUUUUGCCAGGGAUGACUCAAGAGCACAAGAGGGUACAAAUCUGCCCUCAAGAUGAACAUGAAGGUUUGCUGGAGUGCUGGCGAAAUAAAAAUAUGGAUAAUCUCAUAGAGCUUCAUAAUAAAACACCAGUAUGGAAUGAUGACACACAGUCAUAUGUGCUGAACUUCCAUGGGAGAGUCACUCAGGCAUCAGUAAAAAAUUUCCAGAUUGUUCAUGACAGUGAUGUUGAUUACAUAGUAAUGCAGUUUGGUCGUAUUUCCGAAGAUGUCUUCACGAUGGAUUACCGAUAUCCUAUGUGUGCACUACAAGCGUUUGCUAUUGCUUUAAGCAGUUUUGAUAGCAAGUUAGCGUGUGAGUGACAAUUUAGAAGCAUGCAAAGUUUUAUGAUAAUUGUACAUUAUCAAACAAUGGAACCCGAAGAUAUGAAGAUGAAUAUGCUGUAGCAGUAUGCAGGAAAGAAUGUUACUUCUUAAAUCCACGUGAUUGCAUUUUUACAAUUUGCAGUACCAGUCAUCACAAGAUAGACACUGUUGUAUGUGCCACGUGUGUGGCUGGAGCACGCACAAUCAUUGUACACUUUGAGUAGAACUGCUAGUUUGUCUUUUUUAAUGUAUGUGUGCUGUGUGGAGAUAACAGUAUUUAUAUUUCAUACGUAUGUGACCUUUAAGAUGACGGUUUCUAGUCCUAAGCAAAACAUGAUACAAUUUAUAUUUUUUUAAUGGUAUUUUAAUGACAUAUGAAGACUUGAUUUAUGUCACAGUUCAUAAUAUUUGUGUAUAAUUUGGCAUGCAGUUGCUUGUCAGUCUGCAGCAAAGUUAAGUAUAAAGUUGCACAUGUCAGAAAAGUCUUUCAAUAUUUUACCUCUCAUAAGAAAAUAAUGCCAUUGCAUGACAGGCCUAAAUAUAACGAAUCUUUGUCACAUCUGAUUUUAAUUUUAAAUUGCAUUGUUAAUAUUUUCUCAAAGCAAUACGCACUAUUUUAAUGACACUUUUGUCAUGUUGUCACCUUGUGAAUCUCUCGAGAGUAUACUUGUUGCUAUGUGAUUGUCUGUUGUGUGUGCUAGACAUAGGCCUACUGAUUUAAUAAUGUGCUGAAGCACUAUA